AUGCUUCUUCGAGCUGUGCUUUUGUCCCUCUCUCUAGGGUUCUGGGUGUUUCAAUUCGUGGUUUCAGAGAUUCAGUUGGGUUCUAGACUCGUAGUUGGUGAAAACAGCUUGUGGGUAUCCAACAAUGGUGAUUUUGCGCUAGGGUUUUUCAAUCCUCCCGAUUUGCCUAACCGGUUUAGCAUCGGUAUCCGGUUUAACUCCGAAUCCAUCCCUUCUGAUCAACGGAACGUCGUCUGGGUUGCUGGAGCGGUUGUUUCCGUUACCGGCAACAGCUCUUACUUCGAGCUCACUCGCAACGGAGAAUUGGUAUUGUUUGACUCCUCUUUGGGUGUUCCGGUUUGGAACAGCAAGACGAACCGGCUCUCUGUGUCCUCUGCUCUGCUCCGUGACGAUGGUAAUCUUGUGUUGAUGAAAGAAAGAGAGGAGAUUGUUUGGCAAAGCUUUGAUACUCCUGGUGAUACUCUGCUUCCAAACCAAAAGUUAUCAGCUUUAGAGAUGCUUAGAGCUGCUAGUGAGAGUUCUAGGUCUAGCUAUUACAGUCUUAUCAUAGAGGAUUCAGGGAAGUUAGAGCUGCGAUGGGAGAGUAGCAUUACUUUCUGGUCAAGCGGAAACGAAGCCGAGAAGAAGAAGGAGAAGAUUGGUGCUGUUCUUACUCCAGAGGGAGCUCUGCUUCUCGUGGGCCAAGACCUGACGAGGCCUGUUUGGUCUGUCUUUGGGGAAGACCACAACGACACUGUGAAGUUCCGGUUUCUCAGGCUUGACCGGGAUGGUAAUCUGAGAAUGUACUCGUGGAACGAGGAUUCAAGGAUUUGGAAACCGGUUUGGCAAGCUGUUGAGAACCAGUGCCGGGUCUUCGCCACCUGUGGAUCGCAAGUUUGUUCCUUUAACAGUUCCGGAUACUCUGAGUGCAUCUGCCCUUAUAACGCCUUUGCAUCGGUCUCGAAUCCCAAGUGCUUGGCGCCAUAUCAGAAGCUAGGCUGCAAAUCUGGUUUCAUCAUGGCGCCGUUCAAGAACAUGGAGUUGUAUGGGCUUUAUCCAGCUAACGAUUCGGUUAUAUCUCUGAUUAGCUCUCAGAGAUGCAAGAAGAUGUGUUUAGAGGACCCUGCUUGUACCGCAGUCACUUACAGGAAUGAUAAUGGUGGUUCUCCUCAGUGUCUCGUGAAGCUGACCCGAUAUAUCAGCGGUUACUCUGAACCGUCCCUGAGCUCUGUAUCGUAUGUUAAAACAUGUUCAGACCCGAUGGCUGUUAAUCCGAAUGUUUCAAGAGGUUCAGUGACUGUAACCAAGUCUCGCGGCGUCUGUAUUCCUUGCCUCGUCGGCGCAACUUCCACUACGCUCGUUCUGUUUCUCGCUUUUCAGGUCGGUGUCGUUGUGUACAUCUACCGGAGGAAGAAAAAGCAAGCUCUGAAGAAAGCUGAUCGGUUCUCCAAGGCGACGAAUCCCAAAGGUUUGAUUAUAUUCUCUGUGGAUGAGAUCAAGGCGAUGACCAGUAACUUUGACCAUAGCAUAGGACCGAGGAUAUUCAAGGGGGUUAUGCCGGAGAACGAACUUGUUGCGGUGAAAGAAAUGGAAGCGACGUUAUCAGAAGAAAGGAAGUUCCGAAGCUCUGCAUCAAAGAUAGGAACGAUGCAUCACAAGAACUUAGCAAAGCUUGAAGGUUAUUGCUGCGAACGAGGGAAGAGGUUUCUGGUUUACGAAUACGCUAAGAACGGGUCUAUACUUGACCACAUCGUUGACCCUUUACAGAGCAAGAAACUAACUUGGAGAAAAAGAACCGAAACGUGCUUAAGCGUGGCAAAAGCUCUGUUUUACCUCCACACGGAGUGCAGAGAGUUCGUCAGUCACGGGAACCUGAACUGCGGAAACAUUCUUCUCGGCGAGGAUAUGGAAGCCAAGUUAACGGAAUACGGAUUCGGUUCGUGUGCUGCAGAUAAAGACGUUGAAGAUUUUGGAGUGACGGUUCUAACUCUGAUAACCGGUAUGUGCGAGGCUGAAGGAGUAGUGAGUGAAUGGGUGUACAGAGAAUGGAUUGAAGGGAGGAAAGAAACCGUCGUGGACAAGAGACUAGAAGGAGGUUUCGAUGUAGAGGAGCUCGAGCGGGUUCUGAGAAUCUCGUUCUGGUGUGUUCAGGUGGAUGAAAGGUUAAGACCAUCAAUGGGGGAAGUGGUGAAGGUUUUGGAAGGUACAUUGUCUGUUGAUCCACCUCCACCGCCUUUUACUCGUGCAAGAUCAUCGCCGACUAACUCAUCAGAGUCUGAUCAAUCGUUGUAUGAGUGUAUAAGAGACUGA